UCGACACUAAGUUCCGCCUUAAAAAUUACUCCGCCUAGAGUUUCAUUCCAGCCGCGGCUGUGCUGCGUUACAAGGCUCGGGUCUCUUACCUUGCCAUGGCCAGCAGCAGCAGCCGCUUGACUGAGGCUCCCCAGGAUCAGCAUGUUUCCGUUGGCUGGGAUGUCUCUGCUGGCAGGCCCCGUGUCUCGGUCGCCUGUUCCUGGGAGUGUCGGAGCGACCUGGCGGGAGUUCUCUGCGUCGUCCAGGCGAGGCAAUUCGAUGCGGGGGAGCUUUCGGAACCAGCCCCGAGCGGUCAGAAUGUUGUCGUUCUUGAAGGACAAAUAAAUGAUGACGGUGUAGUUCCCUGUUUACUCUACUUGCACUGUGAUCCAUGUGGAUCUGAAGAAAUUGUCAGCCUAAGUAUUAUAAGUGAAGCAAGGAACAUGGAAGUCUACUUAGGUGAUGAAUAUUAUGCAACUGGAAGGGGAGAGAAAACGUUUACUGUCAAACAUGGCAGAAAAGAUGACCAGGUUUCACUAUACAAAAAGUAUCUUACACUGGAGUGCUCUACAGUUUCUUGUAAGAUUAAGCUAUUAUCCAUCAGUGAAAAACAAAAAGUGCUCAUCAAUAAAAUCAUAGUACAAGUCCAGUCAGCCUGUGCAAAGACUGUGCCAAGUGUUACAUUAGGAUCAGGAAUAGAUCUAGAUAAAGUACAAUCUAUAAUGGAAUCAAUGGGAUCCAAAUUAUCACCUGGGGCACAACAACUCCUAGAUAUGGUUCGUUUUCAACAGAAGAAUGGAAUUUCUUUUGGAGGCAAGUUACAAACCAUCUUAGGAGGGAAUGGAUUUGUCUAUGGAAAAAAUCAUCCCAUCGAUGGAUUGAAAAAGGCAUCUGAUUUAGAUCACUUGUCCAAUGGACCUUCUCUUUUAAAAGCUAAUUUGACAGCUAAAACAGUUACAGAGGAUUUAAAUGCACACUCCAAGAUCACCAAACAGGUUCUUACUACAAGUAACAUUUUUGAGCUUCCUGGACUUCAGCCUUGCACUGUACCUUCUCAAAGUGACUAUAAAGGGUUUAUGGCAUCGUUUUUUCAAGAACAAGGAAAUGAAAAUUCAAAUACGCCAAAUUCCACAUUGCUGCUUCCACUUCUUCAAACAGUAUGUGGCCAAGGAGAUUGUCUAUCCAUAGGUGAAAAGGAUAAAUGUGAAAAAAAUUCUACUUCUCAGAAAGAUGGAAUUCAAAGUGUUGGUUUAGAACAGCAGCAUAUUUGUCUAUAUUUGGAAAAGUUCAUGUCCAAAAAGAUGGAGCAGACAGAAAAGAGAUUAAUGGACUAUAUUGACCUACGUAUGCAAAAACUUCAGGAACAUGUUGAUAAUAAACUUGCUGCAGUAAUACAUUUGGUUAAUAAUUUGCAUAUUGGUUCUCAAGAAUGUCCUUUGAAAGAAGAAAACACAGAUGGGAAGAGGUAGGAAAUCCUUAUAAAAAUCAAAGACCUCAAUAUGUUUUAUAAGGACAGGUCUGUAUUUUACAAACUUGUUACUUAUAAGCUUGUAAACAUUUACACCUCAAACUUUGUACUUUUUCUGUAAUUUUGCAAGUAUUAUAUGCUAAAGUUAAUUGUUAUACAUCUGUAAUGUGUAAAAUAAGUAUUUUUUACAUUUCAGAGUAUUUUCUAUAUCUGCUUAUGGCCUAUUUAUUCAUAACUAUUUAAAAAUUAGUUUUGGGCAUGAUAAGUUACUAAAUUAUUUUGAACCAUUCUAAAUAAAGUGCUUUGCAGCUCUAUCAACAUUUAAUAAGAUUUUUUUCUAGUUUAAUGUAGGGUAAUAUCAUAAAAUAAUUAAAUAAUAUCCAUUAAUUUUGAGUUUUAAAUUAAUGUUAAGUCUUAAAAAAAGCAGAUUAAUUAAGAGAAGGCGUCUGUAUUUCAUUGACACAUGCAAUAUGUAUCUGGUCUUGUUAUUCAUGUAGAACUUCAAGUUAUUUCAAUAUAUGUUUUCUCUGAUCUUAUUUUGUAUAUAUUCAUCUGUAUUUGACAAAGGCUCUUGAGUAAAUAUGACUCAUAUGAUGAAUUUUGGCAGUAGAGCAGCAGAAUCCAAUGAUUUGACAUCAAAAAACUGUUUUUUCCUCAAUGAGUUAUUCAUGUAUAUUUCUCUUUCAGUAGUUUGCUUGAAUGUUUGUGUAUUAAUAUAUAAGCAAACAAGGUUAAAGGUUUGUCUAAAAAUAAGUUUAACAUAAAGGAGUUCAUGGAAGGAAUAUUCCUGGCCGUUUUCUACCUUACAGCCAUUUUUGUCUCCUGAAAAAUUCUCCAGAAAAAAAA